AUGACCGCCAAGGACCAGGCCAAGGACAAGCAAGUAGCGAAACUCAAGGCCGACGUCCAGCUCUUGCUCAGUCUGGAGCAAGACCGCAGUGACGACGACGACGACGAAGACAUGGUGCAUGCAGAGGUAACGCCCUGCGCGUACUUGGACCCAAACUACGAAGCGCAGCCUCCAGCGUACAUGGACACGGACGACCCUUGGAUCAGCGACGGCUACGCAGUCUUAACUACAAAAGCCAAGGUCGUUCAUCGCACACCCGUCGCCUGUCGUCACCAGCUUCAAGUUGCGUGGUUUCAGCCAAACCGCAAGUUGGAACGGUUGACGGCGUGGACGUCGGCCGGCGUCAUCUCCAACCGGCGCGUGUCGCACCGGCCAUUUUGCGUGGACAAGACUGCCGACACGACGAUGCCGGAAGCAGCAUCGGCAGCCACGUGGGUCAACGCGCUCGGCUUCAGCGGCGGCGUGAUCCUCUCGAUCUGCACGGUGCCGCAGAUCUACUCGAUCGUCAAGACCAAGUCGGCCGGCGAUGUCUCGAUGGUCUUUACCGUCAUGUACUUUUUUGGUGUCGCGACGUCGGCGGCCUACAUGUUUCUCAUCAACGCCUACGCCGCCGCGUGGCCGCUCGCGAUCGAAACCAUCUUUGGCGCGUCGCUUUGCUUCCUUGUCUACUACUACACGCGCGCGCGCCGGGCGCCGUACGACGUCAUCGCAUCCUCCCACCACUGCGAGGUCGACAUGCAGCGCGAGCUCAAGCUGCUCCAAGCCAGCCUCGAGCUCGCCGUUUGGUUCGAGUCGGCGCUCAGAACCUUGGAGGCCGACAUGGGUAUUUCCUUGGGCGUAUCGCGCCCGCCCUUGUCGCUCACGGUCACAUUCAAAGCCCCAAACGCGAUGUUUACCCAGCUCUACCCGUUCAUGGUCAUCCAAGCCGGCCUCGCACGCGUCGCAAUUGCGUCGCCGAGUGUCUCGGAGACCGACUUGGCCGCCUUGCUCGCCGAGUGUCGGACCAUGGGCAAGCGGUCGUUUGAGGCACCGACGUCGAACCACGUGCAAGGCUCGUACCGUCAGCUCGCCGACUCGGUGUAGAGACGAGUACGUUCUACUAGUAUGGUACCAAGGACUUCGAUGGCAGUAAGGUUUCAACUCGAAGCAGCAUAAAGUUUGAUGACGUUAUUAGCAAAAAGUUGUGCCAACGAG